UCCAAACCCUAACCCUCUUCUUCUCCAAAACCUUGAUCGUUACUAUCUCCAAACCCUAACCCUCCUCUUCUCCAAAAUUUCGCAGUCGCCUGCCGCACCACCAUCACAAGCAGAGUACCAUGUCUGUUUUACUUUCUACUCCAAACCCUAACCCAUCAACCGAUAUGGAUUCUUGAUGUAAAUCUCGCUAUUCCGAGCUCUCUGGUUCGAUUUUAGCUGAAUUGAGCUCCAGUGGUUGAGCGAAAGCUCUGUCGUUCGAUUACGAGAAGAGUUACAGGGGAUUUUUGGAGAAAUCUGCAGAUUUCGAGCUCCUUUUGCAUUGGUUUUGGCCGAAAUGGAGACUCCAGAGGUUUGAAAUUGGGAUUUGUGAGAGAAACUUAGAGAUUCAAGGAGUUUUUGUGUAGCAAAGCUCUCUGCGGCUUUAGUGGCGGACCUGCAGCAUCCUUAUGCAGUCCUUUGAAGGAAAUGCUUACAGAUUUCAGAUCUCUCGUUGCUUCUUUUAAAGGAGAGAUUCUGAUGACACUCAUGUAAAUGGGAGAUGGAUGUGCAGAUGGUGGCAUGGGAGUCCAUUUCCUUUAUGUGGUUUCUCUUCUCAGUUCCUAUUUGGAUUUUGUUUUCUACGGUGGAUCUUGUGGUUUCCUUGUAGGGAUUGUCACAUGUCAGUUGUUGGUUCUACAGAAGAUUAUGUUGGAUCUCUGUUUCUUAGAAGAUCUGGUUUAUGCUUGGUGGUAUCAUGGCUUUGUGGGGGCCUUUUCUGUUGCUAGUCAAGGAGUAGCUCUUGGUGUUUGUCCGAUGCUUGCUACAGGAGUAAAGAAAAUUCAACAACUGCAAAGGAACCAUUAUUCAAUGGGAAAACUGAAUUCGACCAGGUCGAUAAGAUAUUUAGGACUCUCGGCACACCAAGUAGGAAUCCUAAAAUCGGCCACGGAAGAUGGAGAGAUUGGUUUUCGGUUCAGCAAUCUUCCUUGGUUAUGGUUUCUCAAAGGCAUCAGUCCUGUGGUGAUAUUGAAGAAUGCAGCUCAAGCGACGAGAUAUUCUGACCAAAACCAGCAGCAAUCUUCUAAGAUACAGCAAGACAUGUAAAAGCCUAAGAAGCAACUGCAACCUUGUUAUUUCCUUCUAUAAAGCCAGCUUCAGGAAAGAUAAAUGGGUGAUGUCUGAAUGCAAAUAUAGGGUCUGAGCUCUAAGUCAACGGAUGAAAAUGGGGAGUUACCAUGUGGAAGGAUCUCCAUUGUGAGGGUUGAUCAGACAGCUUGGCUUGAAUUGGGAGCACCCGCAGCACAUUGCAAGGGAAGUGGAAAUUGGUCCGUGCAGAUGCUGUAUAGUAUUUUUAAGUGAAAUGCCGAUUCGAAUGCAAUGGGUCUGGUCUUAAUCACGUUUCUACCAUUGCUUUGUGGUCACGCAGAAGCUGCAAGUGCUGCUUCCUGCAUACCUUUCAAAAAAAAAAAAACAGUGCUCCUUCCUGUUUGGGUACUUGAUUAUUAUCAAACCGACCAUUUUGGGGUAAUGUCUGAAUUUUUUAAAUUAAUUUAUGAAAAAUUGAAAUAAAGAAGAUAGAAAAUCGUAGAG